AAAUCCUACUGCUCACAUGUGACUUUAACUCUCAGCUGUGAACAUUGUGCACCUUAACUCAGCUGCAGCCUCAGACGUCCCGAGAGGCACCUGCUGGAAACACUCACCUGAGCUGAUGACCACACGGGCAAAUCUGUUUCCAGUCACACUGCAUUGCUUCACGUCACUGUAUAAUCACUACAGCAGCCCCUCUCCCUUCUAUUCAUAGGCAGCUGAUCUGAAUUCACAUCACACCUCGUCUUUCAUCCUUCUGCACACACGUUUGCUACUGCUUUGCUCCUAUGCUGCUGUCUGAGGUAUCUAAUGGAUAUGGGGCUCCCAUGGGUCUCUGGAGAGAACGCUCAGCCUUGUCUUCGGGGUAUGAGAAUGGAGAGGUGCAAAUGUGCCACACUGUCAAUCCCUGGCACUCAAAUCACAGGUGGGAGUUAAGUGCUGGACAGCUCCUUACAUGGAUUGAUACCACCGCCUGCCUGGCAGCUGAACGACACGCUGGCGUGGCCUGUGUUACUGCAUCUGUGGAUAACAUUCAGAUAGAAGAGACAGCCAGGGUUGGACAACAUAUCUGUAUAAAAGCAAAAGUAAACCGCGCAUUCAAUACAAGUAUGGAGGUUGGCAUUAAAGUUACAGUUGAAGACCCUAUAACAAAUACCCAGAGGCACGUUUGCACUGCUUUCUCAACGUAUGUGGUAAAACCAGUCGGCGCCAAAAAGGUCAUUCUAAAACCAGUUAGGCUUCAUUCUUCUCAGGAUCACCUGGAAUACAGUCUUGCUGCUGAACGAAGACGGAUUCGACUUUAUCACGAAGAUGCAUAUAACAAUCUCAUGGAAGACAGCUUUUCUCUUUAUGACCCAGACUGUGAAACAGACAAAGACACUGUAUCCACAGACUGCACAAGAGUAGAGAGCAUUGAACUGGUUCUUCCACCUCACGCAAAUCAUCAAGGAAACACAUUUGGAGGACAAAUCAUGGCUUGGAUGGAAACUGUAGCUAAUAUUUCAGCAAGCCGUCUCUGUCGUUCCCAUGCAACAUUGAAGUCUGUGGAUAUGUUCAAGUUCAGAGGACCUUCCAUUGUUGGCGACAGACUUGUGUUUCGGGCUAUGGUAAAUACCACAUUUCAGAAAAGUGUUGAGGUUGGAGUCCGUGUGGAAGCCUAUAACUGUAAGGAGUGGACAGAGGGCAAACCACGCCAUAUUAAUAGUGCUUUCCUGAUUUAUCAAGUUAUAAACAACAACAAUGAGGAAGAGGUCAUUCCGCGUGUCAAAGCUUCUACACCGGAUAACAUCAGACGGUUCUGUGGCGCCAUUGCUAGGAGAAAAAUUCGUGUAGCAAGAAAGUACAUCUUCUCAGGCAAACAAGAGAAACCCAUCUCCCAUCCAUGGGACAAAUGCAACCAGGCCUAUCUCAGCUAUGAUAAUAUAGCUACUUUGACCUUUCUAGCUGCCAGCAGUGGAUGGGAACUCAGCAGCACAAUGCAGAAUAUUAAAAUAUUUACGUAUGAAGAAAAUGAUAUGCUGUCCAUAAAGGUGGAGAUGCAAGUGCAAUUACAAGCUCAGCAAGCUUACGUACUAUUGUCCGACCUGGGUUUACGACCAAACUGGGAUAUGCACUACUUGAGCUGUAAAGUAAUUGAAACUGCUGGAGAAGAUGAUAAAAUAUUUUACAUCACAUGCCCACCUGUGAAGCAAAGCAAGUCCAGAGAUUUUGUAGCACUGAUGUCUCGUAGAUAUCCAUGUAAAAACGGGGAGCCAUAUGUUAUAGCAAUGAGAUCGGUGACUCUUGCAUCAUGUCCGCCAACAGCUGAGUACUUGAGGAGUGAGGUGCAGUGUGCAGGAUUCUUGAUCUACAGCCAGGAGAAAGAUUCAUGUCAGGUGUGUUACUUAAACCAGCUGACGUCUGGGAUAAUGCCUUAUGUGGAAGAGAAUCUCACAGGCUGGUCAAAGUCCAUAGAAGAGACUGCUGCUUCAUGUAUAAGAUUCUUAGAAACUGCUCAGGUUUAUACCACUUUGUUGUAAAUAACUUACAUUUCUGGUAGCACCUUUUUGAUUGCAGACACAAUAAAGUUUCAAAUUUUGAAUGUGGAGAAAAUAAGUCUCCACUUCAAACCAACGAAUGACUAGCUAAACCAUAGAAAAUAUUCAAAUUUUGUAAGUAACACUGUCUGCAGAUCAGACCACAGUCUUUGUAUACAUAUUGUUAUUUGUACUGUAAUAUAAGUAGAAUGAAUGGAUUAGUACUGGACAAGUCUAAAGAAUAAUAACAUAUAUAUAUAUUUCUUACUCUUAUUAAAUUAUGUUUAAUAUUUGCUAUAAUAAUUAUAUAGGUCUUGUUUAUUGCUCUAAUAGCACUCCAUAAGAAAAAUAUAUUUUUAUAUUAAUAAAGAUGCAAUUAAUUUGAA